AGCACCGGGGGGCGGGGACUGGCCUGUCGGCUGGAAGUGCGGAAAUCGCCUAGAGCGGCCCGAGCUGGCGAAGGGCGCGGUGAGAGGCGGUCGCGGGCUGCCAGACCAUGCUGAGUGGAGCGAGGGGCAGGCUCGCCUCAGUGCUGCGGCAGACACGCGCGCCGUCGUUCGUGGUCGCCCGUAGGUGCCUGCGCGUGUCGAGGUCGCGGUCGUCGGCGGACGGGAGUGAGAGGGGGAAAGUGCCCCAAGCUUUCGACCCGGCGCUGCUGGAGUUCUUGGUGUGCCCGCUCUCCAAGAAGCCGCUCAAAUACGAAGCAUCAACAAAUGAAUUGGUUAAUGAAGAAUUGGGAAUAGCCUAUCCAAUUAUUGAUGGGAUUCCUAAUAUGAUACCACAAGCUGCUAGGAUGACACAGCAAAAUAAGAAACAAGAAGAUACGGAGCAACACUAGAUCAUAAUUAAAAACAACAAACACAACUAAAUUU